AUAUAAAUAAAUAUUUUGGUUUCCUUUUUCUCCUCUUUCUUUUCCAAAAACCAAAACCCUCCGUCUGCUGCCCCUCCGCCGUACUGCCACCGUCAACCGCCGUGCCGCUGCUGCCCGUGCCGUUGCCCGUGUGUAAUCCACCACCAAAUUUCAGUAAAAAGGAUCAUGGUGGGAUUUAAGAAUAGAUACAUGGUGAUGGAGGUUUCUUUGGAUCCAAAUAAAGACACUGCAUCAGAUAAGCCCAUCGUAAUCACUCAAUUUAACUUGACCAAAGCAAUCAGGGACGUCAUUCUAACAAACUUUGGUGAAUGUGGCCUCGCCUCUUCAGCAAAUUCAUUUCAAGUGAAGUAUGUGAAUCCAAUUACAAAACUUUGUAUCAUACGAGCAUCGAGAGAUGAGCAUCAAAAAGUUUGGGCUGCAAUAACAAUGGUCAGAAGUGUCGGGAGUUGCCCCGUGGUGUUCAACCUGCUAGACCUAAGUGGUAGUAUCAGGGCAUGUAGAGCUGCUGCUUUGAAAUGUGAUGAGUUCAAAUUUCAGCAGUACCAGUUGUCGGCCGGAGCUCGCCUUACACCAGAGGUUCAGCAGCAAAUGCAAAACUAUCUAGACAAGAUCAAAGUUUUGGAACAUUAACAUGACAAAAGUCUCAUGAAAACAUGCUGUCUUUUUGUUACUGUUCUUUUUGUCUUAAACCAUUUGAGUUAUACAAUAGGAUAUUUCAUUAACUUAUGCAACACAUGUUUACUCUAAAGUUAUGCUCGUUAGCAGGUUCCAGUAUUGCGUUUUUCUAACCAAGUGUACAUAUAUGCCUUCAGAACUUGAUGAAAUUAAUAGUUCGUUAAGGUCAUGUA